UUUUUAACCUGGCAGCCAAAAUUCAGGGCGAAAUUUCAUUGUCGUCAUUUCCUUUAGGUAGCCAAAAUAAUUGCCUGUUUGAGGAAAAUGUUCAGUUCGCCACGUUUUUAAGAACGAUGUGUUCGUAGAUUUUAGUUUCUUUUACGCUGAAAAGUGUCGUACAGAAACUUUUGUUUACCGAUAAAGUGUGGAAAGUCAUCCUAAUUGACUGCGUGUGUCUUUGCUAACGUUAGCUGGACUAGCUCGCCGUCAACACGCGCCAAAAGUCGUAAAGAUUCAGCGAGGAAGUGAGCAUAAUCUGAUAUCUGAGCUGUUGUUUUUUAUUCUUAGAAAAAGAAAAUGAGUGGUGGAUUUAAUUUCGGACAGUCUCCGGGCUUCAACUUUGGAGCUCAGAAGACCACAGCCGCUGCUGCCCCCAGCACGGGCUUCGCUGUAACCAACUCCGCAGCUCCGGGAGGGGGCUUUAGCUUCAACAAUACCACCCAGGCUAAUACCAACCCUACCGGCACUUUCAGCUUUGGCACCCCGGCUAAGACCUCUGCAGGUGGCGCGGGGUUCUCCUUCGGCACCCCCACCACCACCACUUUUGGCUUGGGUACGACUCCUCAAACUACGGCAGCCACAGGGUUGACGCUGGGCACCGCAGCAGCUCCAGCUGCGGGCUCAGGGUUCACUCUGGGUAGCCUGCUGUCCGCACAAACCAGCGCUCCUGCCCCAGUAGGAGGAGGAGGAUUCGCCUUUGGAGCUGCCUCCCAAGCGCAGCCCACACCAGCAGUUGCACCAGCAGCUGCACCAACAGCUGCACCAGCAGCCCCAUCAACAGCGAGCGGCAUGUCGUUUGGAGGAGGGUUUAGCUUUGGGACCAACAAAGUCCAGGUGACCUCAGCUGCAGCUCCCACUGUUGCCCCAGCAGGCGGCUUCAGCUUUGGUACCACAGCAGCCCCCGCUACCGCAGCUCCAACAACCCAGAGCGGGGGGUUCAACUUUGGGGUAAAACCUUCAACCACCCCAGCUCCUCCUCCCGCAUCCACCCAGGCAGCUUCAGUUUCAGGCCCGUCUCUGUUCGCCAUUCCCAUCGUCACCACGACCGCUGCCACCGCCACAACAGGGUUCACGUUUGGUGCAGCUCCAUCCACCGCUGCAGCCACCACAGCAGCCAGUGGAGGUUUAACCUUCACGCUCAAACCUCUGGGAUCAACAGCUACCAGCUCUGCUCCUGCCUCCACCGCCCCGGCUGUGGCAGCGGUCCCUGCAGCUGCCGCCACAGCCUUCACGCUGGGACUCAAGCCUACUGCCACAGUCAGCAGCACGACACCCGCCACGGCCACAACCAUCAGCACCACGGCGGCUCCUCCGGUGAUGACCUACGCCCAGCUGGAGAGCCUCAUCAACAAGUGGAGCCUCGAGCUCGAGGACCAGGAGAGGCACUUCUUGCAGCAGGCCACGCAGGUGAACGCCUGGGACCGCAUGCUGGUGGAGAACGGAGAGAAGAUCACGUCGUUGCACAAGGAGCUGGAGAAGGUGAAGCUGGACCAGAGGAGGCUGAACCAGGAGCUGGACUUCAUCCUGUCCCAGCAGAAGGAGCUGGAGGACCUGCUGUGCCCGCUGGAGGAGUCCGUGAAGGAGCAGAGCGGAACCAUCUACAUGCAGAACGCCGACGARGAGCGAGAGAGAACGUACAAGCUCGCCGAGAACGUCGACGCGCAGCUGAAGAGGAUGUCUCAGGAUCUGAAGGAGAUCAUCGAGCACCUGAACACGUCCAGCGGCCCGGCCGACACCAGUGAUCCACUCCAGCAGAUUUGUAAAAUCCUCAACGCCCACAUGGACUCACUGCAGUGGAUCGAUCAGAACUCGGUUCUCCUGCAGAGAAGAGUGGAGGAAGUGUCCAAACUGUGUGACACCCAGCGCAAGGAGCAGGAAAAAACCUUCCGCUUAACCUUUGACUGAUCUGCAACUGGAGUUAACUUUGCUUAAACAUAAUGCUAGUUUAGUUAUUUUUUUUCUCUCUGUUUGGAUUUACAGUUUUCACAAUUCUUGUUUCUGAUUUUUCUCAGUAUCGUUUGAUUCUUCUGGAUUUCAUGGUUAAUAUUUUCAACUGAAUAUUUUUUAAAGCUAAUUAUAUCUGUAAAUUGUUCUGAGUAGUAUGAAUAAAUAAUUUUUGCAGUA